CAACGAACCACCACCAUCGUCAGGUCGUCGCUGUUUGUCGUCCUCUAUAUAGAGUGAACGAGCGUGAAAGUUUUAUUCCAGCUUUUUUAUUUCUUUCUUUCGCGGAGACCCUCUUGAGUUUAGAGCCACAGCAACUUUCUAUGUCUCUCUAUCCUCAGCCUCCUCAGCCCUACUACAAUCAGCAGCCGUACGGUGCAUCCUCAUCGUAUGCUCAGCAGCCAGCCCCAAACAACUUUCACAACUUCCACUAUCCACCACCGGUUCCUCCACCUCCCGUUUACUAUGUUGAUCCUGCCACACUUCGCAGGGAUUUCUCUCAACGCCUAUCAGAGCUGACCGUUAACUCUCGCCCUAUCAUUCAGAGUCUCUCCAUGUUUGCUCAUGACUACGUGCGGUUUGCAGAGAUAAUAGCCCAGUGUUUGGAGGCCCACAUACGCAGGGUACCUCCUUGGAUGAAACUGCCCGCAUUCUAUUUACUGGAUAUGGUCAGCAAGAAUAUAUAUGAACCCUAUGCUCGUCAUUUUGCAAGCUUCGUUAUACCUUUGUUCAUCGAGACUUACCAACAAGUUGACGAACCGACACGCAGCAAGAUGAUUGAACUGGUUCUUACUUGGCGAACAGGGUCACCCGCUGGCAAAGAACUAUUCGGGGUUCCUCCUCAAGUCUCUAUCGAACGAAGUAUAUGGGGAGAUGGCUCAAAUAAUACGCGUUUCAAUUCCACCGCACAAGUAACCAAGGCACAAGUCUUGAGCGAAUUAGAGUUUACAUUAGGACAGAAGGAGCGUGCUUUACAGGCCAACUCUGCUGACUCGAUCGCCCAGCAUCAUGUCGCUGUGCUACAACAGCUGAGAAGACUUGUUGAGGCUGGCGUUUCUCAAGAAGAAUUACAUCAAAUACUCGGCCAGUUACGAUCGCUCAUGCGAACUGUUACACAACCUUCCCCCCCUCCGCCUCCGCCUGUAGCUGUACCUCCUUCAUGGACCCCGCCGGCACCUUUCCCGAGUUCCGCCGCCCUAGUGCCGCCUACUCAAUCAAUAGUAACAACGCCAAAGGUGGAACCCACGUCAAGUAUUUCUCAUCUUUCCCUACCAACCGCAGCUCCCGCUGCUGGGUUCGCCGACCUCCUUUCGUCUCUAAUGAAAUCCGGCGUUGUAUCCGUUAAUGGUACUCCCGUCGGGGCAGGGUCUACCGUGACCGAACAAGCAUCGAGCUCAUCGGUCGACGUCGAGCGAGAAGCCUCAAGGUCAUAUCGAACAGCUAUAUUUAACCAUGAAGUGCAGCUAAGUACGGUUGGGCUGACACGCUCUCGGCCAGCCAUUCAGUCUUUGCUAUACGAUAAGCUAGCGCUCCAGUGUAAACAAUGUGGUAUACGAUUCUUUGAUACGGCGACAGGCAAAAAAGAGCUGGAAGACCACUUGGAUAUGCAUUUUAGGCAAAACCUCAAAGCUACUCAAAAUAUCGGAAGAGGCCAUAGCCGGAGUUGGUUUAUCGGGGCUGAUGAUUGGAUUCAUGAUGUUUCUGAUGUCAAAGGCAAAGGUCGGGCUGAUUUCCGACCUCUCAAUUCCAAAGCAGCAGCAGUAGCCGAGACGUCGAAGCGAGAAGCCGAGUUGCGAUCACAGUUUGUUGUCGUACCUCCAGGAGGCGAAGCGACUACCAUAUCGUGUCCGGUUUGCAAGGAGAUUCUUAAUUCCGAGUUUGUAGAGGACGAUGAAGAAUGGGUCUGGAAGAACGCAAUCAGGAAAGACGAUCGGAUAUAUCAUGCAACGUGUCAUGCGGAGGUCUCCAGUACUUUAGUUGCACGAUUGCGAACGGAUGUAGCAAGUCGCAGUCGUUCUGGUACACCUGAAAGAGUAUCCCAUCCCAAACAACAAACUCCUCCCAGGGGCAUCUCAUCGUCUGAUGCAAAGCUCAACGGGAUUAAGCGUAAGGUCGACGACGAGAAUUCAUUGUUAAGUGAACCUGAAGGUACACCUCAACUGAAAAAGAUCGCACUCGCGCCAGCAUCGUCAUGAACCAUCUAUCUGACUACAUUUGAUUUAUUGUUUCUUAUUCCGGUUUUCAGUUUGAUUGCAUGCAUGGUCCUCGUCAGCAUCUAGCAUACUUCAUUGUUGUGUAUUUGUAACGUGUACCCAAAUUAUAGACCUUUUGUCGAC